AAUUCUGCAAUCACAACGGUCAGUAUGUCUGUAUCAUCCAGCUGGGCUCUAGCUCCAGCGUCGUAAAACGUUCCGUGGCUACCGCAUCAACUGCGUGCCUUUGGAAAAAGGAGCAUUCUCCUGCAUCUUUUUCCAUAUCCAAUUCCUUGCCUCUCUCUGUCCGUCCUCUUUCGUAUCCCCAGUUCUUGGAUGUUUGCUUGACCAGGCUUGACUGAAGCCAUCUAACCACACUCGCUUCUUUCUCACCGACAUAGCCACCAGUGAUUGGUGCACACAAAUUCCGCCAUGUACAUCAACAUACCCUCACGGAGUGGUACACCCACAAAAGGCCACCGGACACCAGCGACACCUGGCUCGCCUUCAAAAUACACAGAUUACUUCAGCCAACCGAGACGACGAAUUCAUGUCAUUCGCAUACUCUCCAUCUCCCUCGCCGUCGUACUAUGCUACAUCGUCGCUACCCGUGGUCCCGAGACAUCAACAUGGGUACCGACGACAGUUCAAGACAAGCUCAAUUUCGGAGACCAUGCAGCAACUCAUGUUGGUGAAAAUGCACCACCACGAGGAUACGGCGACACAGAUAGUGGCAGGUGGUCCGACUCUGUUGAAGAGCACAACGACGAUAACACGCACAAGGAUGAAGAGAUGGAACACACUGUCGACCGUCUGGAAGGAGACGAGGAGGCAGAGUAUGAGAAGGUCAAGAACUCGCAGACAGACAACAAAGAGCCUCAUUUGGAGGAAGGCGCUGACUAUGUGCCCGAGGGCGGCAGCGAUGAGGAGUCUGCUGUUGAGCCAUCACACCACACCCAAUCCACUCCUUUUGUUGCACACAACAUUGGCAGUGGUGAGAAGUACUCGUUCCGCGAGGCUCUCAGAGAUGUUCUGCAUAUGAUUCCUGAUGAGAUCUACACUCGCGACUUGCUUCGCCCGCUUGAGGGAGGUGGUCAAGACCGUUUGAAAGAACUGGGUAUCAGGGUCAGAGCAUUCCACAAGUUCUUCACCGUCUGGGAGGCUCUUCACGUCGUGGCGGAUGCAAAACUCACCUAUGUUCGUGACGAUGUCAUCAACUACCUGGAGAAUGCACCUGAGAAGGAACUCGCCGAAGUUUCGAACCUGGAGCGUGGAGAUAUCGUCAGAGCUUAUGAGAGAUACAGAGCUUUCCUGGCUCAGCUGUCGCACAUCCUCUUCCCCUACACUUCUCCUUACUUUGCCGACCAUCUCACUCUUCACGCCCAUUUCCGCAAUGGUGGUCGUGGUAUCGUGCUUUCUGGCAACGACAAGCAGGCACCCUUCUUCCUCACCUCAAUCAUGUCUUUCCGCAAGCUUGGAUGUAACCUCCCCGUCGAAAUCAUGUACCUUGGCGAGAACGAUCUCAAUGAUGACUGGAGGAUGAAGCUCGAGUCUAUUCCAGGUGUUGUCACUCGCGACUUGAGUCAGAUGGUCUCUGAUGAUGGUUGGGAGCUCAAGGGUUGGGCUUCUAAGGCUUUCGCUCUGCUCAUGUCCAGUUUCCGCGAAGUCAUCUACUUGGAUGCCGAUGCCUUGUUCUUUGUCAACCCUGAGGAUCUCUUCCAAGAUCCUGGCUAUGUCGAGACGGGUGCUCUCUUUUUCCGUGACAGAGUAUAUGCCCCUUCAUCCCGCAAGCAGUGGCUCAAGGAUAUGCUUCCCAAGCCCAUUUCCAAGAAAGCACAGACAUCUCGCUACUGGACUGGAGAGUCUCGUGAGCAGCAAGAGUCUGGCUGUCUUGUUGUCGACAAGUGGCGUCACUUUGUCGCAAUGUUGACUGUUACUCGCAUGAACGGUCCCGAUCGUGAUGACAACUCCAAGACUGGUGCCAAGGGUGUCUAUUCUCUUUUCUACGGUGACAAGGAGACUUUCUGGCUUGGUUGGGAGCUUGCUGGCGAUACCGACUACUGGUUCAACGAAGGCGCUGUUGGCAACAUGGGUGUUGUGUCCGAGCACCAAUACUACAAACUGAUUGAGGGUCAUGCGGAAUUCCUUCCUGAUUACCACCCUCCGAUCUCCCAAUCUUCCCACGAACACGACACCAAGCCCAAAUCCGAGCACAAAGAAGAAAGCAAAAAGGAGGACAGUGAAGAACACAAGCAAGAAAAAGAACACAAGCAAGAAAUGGCAGACGACCACGAAAAACGUUCUUCCUCAGACGUCCACUCCCUCUACACAGUCUCCUCCCCCCAACUCCUUCAUCUCGACCUCAACAACCGACCCCUCUGGUUCAACGGCUGGAUCCUCGACGACAAGUACGAAGAAGCCAAACACGUCAACGUCUCCACGUGGGAUGUCUUCCUCUCGGAAGUCAAAGAGACAAACGAAGCGCCAGAGUGGAAGAUUGGAAGUCAUAAUAUGGCUGUGUUGAAAAGUACGCAUGCGUUUGAGUUUACGGAGGGAGAGAAGGAGGUUCUGGCGAUGAUUGUGGAGGUCGCGAGGGAAAAUGGUGCAUUAAAGCCUGGACAGUAAAACAGUGUUUGUAGUUUCGGGGGGGUAAAAGGUGUUUGGAAUGGCAUAGGCAAAGCGAAAUAUGAUGUUGGGAAUUUCUCACUGUUUACUUUUCUUUCUGAGGUUCCAUAUUGGCAUGACAGACAUUGUACGAGUAGAGAUGUUAUGUUGUUUGUCGAUCCUUGUCGGUACAAACCGUGUGCUUCUCCAGUCGAGACUUUUGCGACCAAAC